UGGAGUGCUUAUGAUAUCACAAAGACAAAAGGGUUCAAAGACAAGGGGGAUAGUUGGUUCAGUGUUCAGUGGCAUUUGUCUUCAGACCCUCACAGACACAGCUUGACCAAAUUGGUUUGUUCCACGUUAAAAACAUUGCCGCCGCCAUCCAAUGGAUAGUGAUGACCUGUCAGACCACCUCAUCAUCCUUUGCGAUAAUGAGAUAUUGGGUGAUACCCCCAACUCCUCAUCCUCCCCAAACCUCCCUUCACCUUGUGACCCCGAGAGCAUCUACACUGAGCUUCGGACUGUGGAGGGUGAGGUGGAUGGCUCGGGUGUCUGGUUCCCACUGGAAGUCCCGACUGCAAUGAUGGCUUCUCCCAGUUUGGAGCCAUCAUGCUGUGCUGGUUUCAUGCCGCCCAUGCCACCUUACAGCCAUGGCUUGGUAAGUGGAGUAGGACCACAUCAGCAGCAGCUUCACGAGACAAUGUUUUGUCAGGCGCCUCCACAUUGCCUUCCCUAUGGCUGGUCUACCAGUAGCUACAAUCCUCAUUCCCACAUGGAUGAAGAUGCAGCAAUGAUGAUGCAACAUGGUGGUGUCAACUUUGGACUAAUGAAGCGAAAUGCUGCACAAAGAAAUCCAAUUCCUGCUUGCGUCCCUCUGCCCUCACCUAACACAUCCACAUUAGUGAAAAAAGAACAUGACAGCCAUCAGGAUGAAAAAAGGUACAUCAAGAAGCCGCUGAACGCCUUCAUGCUAUACCGGCAGGAGCAGAGGCCUAAUGUUGUUGCUCAGCUCAACAUUCGAAACAGCGCUGUAGUCAACAAAGUGGUCGGACAGAUGUGGAAGUCACUGUCAAAAAGACAGCAGAGAAAAUAUUACGAGCUCGCUGAAGCUCAAAGAUUGCUUCACGCCCAGCAGCACCCGGAGUGGUCCUGCACAGAAAACUAUGGUAAAAAGCGGAAGAGACAAAGGAGCAAAUGUAACACCAAUGGUCAAGGGGGAGAACUACUUUUCUCACAUUAAAUUGUCAUUUCUGUUGCAUCACCUGCGCGUGACAUCUGCAGUGGACACUUUUCAGGCUCAGAUGCCAGACGCAACGUCUGCCAAUGCUGUGGAUGACAGUAAUCAGGCAUCGGCUAAGGCGCGCUGUGCCCAAAAGCAGCUGCGGAUGAUGCUGGAGUUGAUGCUUUAAUUUGACCCAACCUUUCCAAAGUUCAAUAAAUUGUAAUGCCACAUUUAAA